AUGGGUGCACCUCCGGCCAUGGGUGGAAUGUCUUUCGAUGUGCCUCACACACAUACCCAUGAAGAUGUCGUUGAAAAUCUUGCCAAGACCGUGGGAGCUACACUUGAGGCGGUGCGUGAUGAGAAGUCACGGGGCUCACAGCGUGGCCGGCACCGGAGCCUCACUCAGAAGUAUGCACCCAGGACUUUCAAGGACGUUGUUGGGCAGAGCUUGGUUGUGCAGGCGCUGUCCAAUGCCAUUUUGAAGAGGAAGAUUGGGUCCGUUUAUGUCUUCUACGGGCCGCACGGUACAGGCAAGACAUCGUGUGCUCGGGUGUUCGCCAAGGCGCUGAAUUGUCAUUCUCCUGAGCACCCUAAGCCUUGCGAUACAUGUGCGUCUUGUAUCGCGCACAAUCUGGGAAAGAGUAGAAGUUUGAUGGAGAUUGGGCCUGUUGGUAACAUUGACCUGGACAGCAUUGUGGAUAUCCUUGAUAAUGUGAUCCUUUCGCCGCUACCAGCCCACCACAGGGUGUUCAUAGUGGAUGACUGCAACACACUGCCGCCUGAUACGUGGAGUGUCAUAUCGAAGGUUGUCGAGCGUGCACCUCGGCGUGUUGUUUUUGUUCUCAUCAGCCCAAAUCUCGAUCUCCCACAUAUAAUUAUGUCUAGGUGCCAAAAGUUCUUUUUCCCCAAACUGAAGGAAUGCGACAUUGUCAACACUCUGCAGUGGAUUUGUACUAGCGAUGGCUUAGAUGUUGAUAGAGAUGCAUUGAAGCUUAUUGCUUCCAGGUCAGAUGGGUCAUUGAGGGAUGCAGAGAUGACCUUGGAUCAAUUGAGUUUGCUUGGCCAGAGAAUUACAAUGCCGCUUGUUCAAGAACUUGCUGGCUUGGUUUCUGAUGAUAAAUUGGUAAAUUUGCUUGAUUUGGCACUAUCUGCUGACACUGCAAACACGGUGAAAGCUUUACGUGAUAUCACUGAAACAGGUGUUGAGCCUUUGUCCCUAAUGUCUCAACUCGCCACAAUAAUAACGGACAUUCUUGCUGGCACCUACACAUUCGCACAAGAAAGAAUUCGAAGAAAAUUCUUCAAACGUCCAACCUUAUCAAAGGAGGAUAUGGAAAAACUGCGCCAGGCCUUGAAAACACUCUCUGAAGCUGAAAAACAAUUGAGGGUCUCUAAUGAUAAGAUGACCUGGCUUACAGCUGCUCUGCUCCAGCUUGCUCCUGAUAAACAGUAUAUACUGCCAAGCUCAUCGACAAGUACAAGCUUUAACCAGGGUUUGUCUACCUACCCUGACGGUGAUAUAGCAAGGAACUCUACUACAAAUCAUAAAGAAAUAUAUGCUGGUCCGCAUGGGUUAUCAAGAACACCUGACCAGGAAAAUCAGCAAUACAGAAAUGCCAAUCUAGGGAUUUGUUCUAGCCAUGUCACGGCAAACACUUACCAUGGUGGCAGGAGACUCAGGGAACAUACACCAGAUGGACAUGUGUUGUCAACAAGUGCUACCAGAAUCAAUGAAGGAUCUAAAUGUAGCAAAACUGACAACGAGAUGAUUUGGCAAGCUGUUCUAGAAAAUGUUCAGUCAGAUUCGUUGAGAAAAAUGAUGGCUAAAGAGGGACGGGUGAUUUCUGUUAGCCUUGGCACAGCGCCAACUGUGCAGUUAAUGUUCAGUUCUCAUGUGAAUAAGUCCAAAGCUGAAAAGUCCAGGGGUCAAAUUUUGCAAGCAUUUGAGUCUGUCCUUUCUUCUGCUAUAAUACUGGAAAUCCGCUAUGAGUCGAAGGAUGGCGGAGAAGGUGUUGAGGAUACCUAUUCCAACAUCGCUUUAACAAGGUCUUUCACGAAACAUAGUUCAGUUUCUUCUGGAGGUGAGAAUUUAGUUAGCAGGCUCCAGAAAGGCAGAGUAGCCCCGGGUACUAGCUCAAAUCAGACAAGAUGGAUGCAAUCUGAUCCACACAUAUUGACUGAAGGUGAGAUUAUUGAAGUGGGCCCUUCUGAAAUGGAAUGGUACGGGGAACCAGAUGCUGUUGCCUCAGAUAAAAGAAGAGGUGUGUGGGUAGCAGCCUUAUCACCACAAGACCAAGGAAAUAUAGGUCCUCGAGGAGGAACAAAUGUGAAUAAUGAACAUGAUAGACAAAAAAACAUAGUAAGAGGUAAGGUAUCUCUUGCUCAUGUUAUUAACAAGGCGGAAGCUUGUUCUCAACAAGGAGGCUGGUCAAGACAAAAAGGCAUGUCAAUAACAGAAAAGUUAGAGCAAGAGAAUUUGAGAUUAGAGCCUAGGUCGAGUCUGCUUUGUUGGAAAGCUUCGAGCACUACUAGACGGAAGCUCUCAGCAUUGAAGAUCAGGACUCGAAGAUCACGAGCUCUAUCAAGGCUCGUCUUGUGCGGGAGGUGCAUUUCAGUGAAAUCUCCAAGAUAACAUGCUGAUGCCGAGGUCCACCAGAUUUUUCAUGUAGCUAAAUUGAUCUCUGUGGUUGAUUCUCUGUAAUUGUAGCAAUAUGUAAUGUAGGUUAUUCUGUACAUCGUUUAACAUGUAGAAGAAUGAGCGAAAUUUCCAUCA